AUGGGCUUGACAAGGUGUGGGCACUGUAAGAAAAUGAAGCCAGAAUAUGAGAAGGCUGCAGAGUUUCUCCAUGUAGCCAGUGAUAGUCCAGGUGUCCUCGCAGCAGUCGAUGCUACCGUCAACAAGGCGCUGGCAGAAAGAUACCACAUCUCAGGGUUUCCUACUUUGAAGUAUUUUAAGGAUGGAGAGGAGAAAUACACUCUGCCACACCUCAGAACAAAGAAGAAGAUCAUCGACUGGCUGCUAAAUCCUGAAGCACCACCUCCACCUGAGCCUGCAUGGGAAGAAAAACAGACUAGCGUUAUCCACCUUGCUGGUGAAGACUUCAGAGAGUCCUUGAAGAAGAAGAAGCACACCCUUGUCAUGUUCUAUGCACCAUGGUGUCCCCACUGUAAAAAUGCCAUUCCGCAUUUUACAACUGCUGCCGAAGUCUUUAAAGAAGAUCGAAAGAUCGCCUACGCUGCAGUGGACUGUGCCAAAGGACAGAAUCAUGACCUGUGCAAGCAGGAGGGGGUUGACGGCUACCCCACCUUCAACUAUUACAACUAUGGGAAAUUUGUGGAGAAAUACAGCGGGGAAAGAGGAGAAAGUGGACUGACUAAUCCCCUACGUGCUAUAAGAGAAAGAGACCAUGAAAGAGUAGGAAAGAAGAAGGAUGAACUGUAG